AUGUGGACAGGCCUGGGCCCCGCCGUCACACUGGCCCUGGUGUUGGCGGUGGCAUGGGCCACGGAGCUGAAGCCCACAGCACCACCCAUCUUCACGGGCCGGCCCUUUGUGGUCGCAUGGGAUGUGCCCACACAGGACUGUGGCCCCCGCCACAAGAUGCCAUUGGACCCAAAGGACAUGAAGGCCUUUGAUGUGCAGGCCUCACCUAACGAGGGUUUCGUAAAUCAGAACAUCACCAUCUUCUACCGUGACCGGCUGGGCAUGUAUCCACACUUCAAUUCGGUGGGGAGGUCAGUGCAUGGUGGUGUGCCACAGAAUGGCAGCCUCUGGGUACACCUGGAGAUGCUGAAGGGACACGUGGAACGCUACAUUCGUACACAGGAGCCUGCAGGGCUGGCAGUCAUCGACUGGGAGGACUGGCGGCCAGUGUGGGUGCGCAACUGGCAGGACAAGGAUGUGUACCGCCGAUUAUCACGCCAGCUGGUGGCCAGUCGCCACCCCGAUUGGCCACCAGAGCGUGUAGUCAAGGAGGCGCAGUAUGAGUUUGAGUUCGCUGCACGGCAGUUCAUGCUGGAGACACUGCGAUUUGUCAAGGCAUUUCGGCCUCGGCACCUAUGGGGCUUCUACCUCUUCCCUGACUGUUACAACCAUGAUUAUGUGCAGAACUGGGAGACCUAUACAGGCCGCUGCCCUGAUGUUGAGGUCUCCCGAAAUGACCAACUGGCCUGGCUCUGGGCCGAGAGUACCGCCCUGUUCCCCUCUGUCUACCUGGAAGAGACACUGGCUUCCUCCACUCACGGCCGCAACUUCGUCAGCUUCCGUGUCCAGGAGGCUCUUCGCGUGGCUGACGUCCACCAUGCCAACCAUGCACUCCCAGUCUACGUCUUCACGAGGCCCACCUAUAGCCGUGGACUCACAGGGCUUAGCGAGAUGGAUCUCAUAUCCACCAUUGGUGAGAGUGCUGCUCUAGGUGCAGCCGGCGUUAUCCUCUGGGGUGACGCAGGGUUCACCACCAGCAACGAAUCAUGCCAGGCCAUCAAGAAGUAUGUGGACACGACGCUGGGACCCUCCAUCCUGAAUGUGACCAGCGGGGCUCGUCUGUGCAGUCAGGUCCUAUGCUCCGGCCAUGGCCGUUGUGCCCGGCGCCCCAGUUACCCCAAGGCCCGCCUCAUCCUCAACUCCACCGGUUUUUCCAUCAAGCCCACGCCUGGUGGUGGGCCCGUGACCCUACGAGGUGCCCUCUCACUCGAGGAUCGGUUGCGGAUGGCGGUGGAGUUCGAAUGUCGCUGCUAUCAAGGGUGGUGGGGGACACGGUGUGAGCAGUGGGGCAUGCGGUGA